AUGAGCAAGGUCAAAGCGUACAUCGACCGAGUGCCGCAAUUGACUACACGAGAAGUUCACGACUACGCCUGUUUGUGUUCUAGAGGCUCUGUUGUCUCGUUCAACACAAAGUCUUGGUGCCAGACAGAUAAAAAAACUGACGGUUUGCAAAAAGAUGUUGGAGUCACAUUGAUCUCAACACUUCGACAAAACAAAUUUCAAGCGAACAUACUCGAACGACCCAUUGUAUGCCAAUGUUUGGUCUCGCGUCGGGGAAAUAUAAGCAAUCUAUCUCAUCUUCAAAUAUUUCGUUCACCGUUUAGACAAUCCAAACACGCCCAAAUUUUGACUCCACAUGAUUCCCGAUGUUCAUGA